CUGGACAAGCUCUCGGAGGUUGCCAAGGUGAACACGGACGCCAUCCGCUUGGCCCAGGAGGAGAUCUGCGAGUACCGCCGCCAGCUCCAGGCCAAGACCACCGAGCUCGAAGCCCUCAAAGGGACCCAGGAGUCACUGGAGAGGCAGAGACAGGACUCGGAGGAGCGCCAUCAUGCAGAUGUCCUGUCCUACCAGGAAACCAUCCAGCAGCUUGACAGCGAGCUGAGGAACACCAAGUGGGAGAUGGCAGCUCAGCUCCGGGAGUACCAGGAUCUGCUCAAUGUCAAAAUGGCCCUGGACAUCGAAAUUGCUGCCUAUAGAAAGCUCUUGGAAGGGGAGGAAUAUCGAAUUGAGUCUGGUUUUGGGAUGGUCUCGUUCCCCGAGGUGGUCCCCAAGGCUCCUAGCAUCACCACCAACAUCAAGGUGAAGAGUGAGGAGAAGAUCAAGGUGGUGGAAAAAUCUGAGAAGGAAACAGUGAUUGUGGAGGAGCAGACUGAGGAAAUUCAGGUGACCGAAGAGGUCACAGAGGAGGAGGAGGCAGCAGAGAAAGCAGCUGAAGAGGAGAAAGCUGAAGAGGAGGAGGAAGAAGAGGAGAAAGCUGAAGUAGAGGGCAACGAAGAGGAGGCCAAGUCUCCCGCAAAAGAGGAGGCCAAGUCCCCAGAGAAACCUGAGUCUCCCUCAAAGGAGGAGGCCAAGACCCCGGCUGUCAAGUCCCCUGAAAAGCCCCCAACCCCCUCAAAGGAGGAACCCAAGACCCCAGUGGUGAAGUCCCCAGAGAACCCUGCGCCCCCCUCAAAGGAUGAGGUGAAAUCCCCAGAGAAACCUGUGCCCCCCUCAAAGGAUGAGGUGAAGUCCCCAGAGAAACCUGUGCCCCCCUCAAAAGAAGAGGCCAAGAGCCCAGCUGUCAAGUCCCCUGAAAAGCCACCAACCCCCUCAAAAGAGGAGGCCAAAAGCCCAGCUGUCAAAUCCCCUGAAAAGCCCCCAACCCCCUCAAAGGAGGAGGCCAAGACCCCAGCUGUGAAGUCCCCAGAGAAACCUGUGCCUCCCUCAAAGGAUGAGGCCAAGACCCCAGUGGUGAAGUCCCCAGAGAAACCUGCACCCCCUUCAAAGGAUGAGGCCAAGACCCCAGUGGUGAAGUCUCCAGAGAAACCUGCAACUCCAUCAAAAGAGGAGGCCAAAACCCCAUCUGUCAAAUCCCCAGAGAAGCCCCCAACGCCCUCAAAGGAGGAGGCCAAGACCCCAGCUGUGAAGACCCCUGAGAAAGUCAAAUCUCCAGUGAAGGAGGAGGCCAAGUCUCCACAGAAGGAAGUAGCCCCAGCCAAGGAGCCCACUCCCUCCCCUCCAAAGGAGACUAAAGCCCCUGUGAAGGAAGAGCAGCCCAAGGAGGCGAGGGCUCCCUCCAAGCCCGGACCUGAGGAGGACAGGAAAGAGGAAGCUCCUAAGAAGGAUGUCCCAGCCAAGGCGGAGGAGAAGCCCAAAGAGAAGGUGGCUGCUGUGCCGGAGCCUCCAGCCCCACAGGUGAAAGAGACCGCCAAGCCGGGCCCCAAACCUGCAGAAGAAGGAAAGGCUGAGAAGGCAGCAGCUCCACCAAAACCUCAGCAGGAGGUUGGCAAAGCAGCUGUGAAGGAGGCUGAGAAGCCAAAGGCCGAGGAGAAGGCGGAGGAGCCCAAGAAG